AUGGCCCCUCUCCCCGCACUCUUCUCUUCACAGAGCAGGCUGGCCCGCGUCCCUGCCUAUAUAUACGCCAGAUAUCUCCGCCACGCGAGCGCCACCAGACGGAAGAAUCCUAGCAAGGGAGACAUGGGGCUCGAGAUCCUCCACCUCGGCAGCGGGGGCAGCAGCAGAAGCAGAAACAGCUGUGGUGCCCACGACGACAAGAAGCCGGUUUCGCAGCACACAUACCGCGAGGAAAUCGAUGACGAUGCAGAGUCGGCGGUCGAUGUCUGCGUGUCUCCGGCUGUCGCUGGAUACCGUACGCCUGACGUGAAGGAGUAUCUGGUUUUGACGUGCGUGUUGGCCGCGGCCAUGAUGGAUGGGUAUAACUCCACCGUUGCUAUUCCUUUGAUUCCAACCCUCUCAACCCUCCUCACCACCCCCCUCGACAACGCCCUCUGGCUAAGCACAUCCUACCUCCUCGCCAACGCAUCCAUCCAGCCCCUAUGCGCCCUCCUCUCCCGAACCUCAACCCCAACACCGUCCGGAAUUCCGCUCCUAACAGCCCUCACAACUUCCACAGUCGGCACCGGUAUCUGCGCCGGCUCCAGCAACCUCCCUACGCUCAUCACAGGCCGCAUCAUCCAGGGCCUCGGCAGCGGCGCCGCAACGGCGCUCUCGCUGCAGCUGGUUGAGCGUGCGAUCUCGCCGCCGUAUCGCGCGCGUUUCGCGGGAAGCAACCAGCUCUCAACCCACAUCCACCUCCUCUCCCUCUACCUAGGCCUCAUCCGCACUCUAACCCCCACGCAAACAGGCCUCAGCCUAGCAGCCCUCACCGUCUCUCUAACCCUCCCCUUCUACGUCGACGCGCCCCAAAAACACGCCCAUUUUGCCCUCUGGGCCGUCCGACUCGGCUGGGCACUCAACGUGCUCCUGACGGGGUGUUUCGCGCUGCUCGACGAAGAGACCCCCACAGCGGGGUGGGUGUUUGCGCUACUCGGAGCGGGACUGAGCCAUGUUGUGCUUGCGAGAGGGACGCAUUUGCUUUUGUUAUCGUCUUCGUCCUCCUCUUCCUCCUCCUCCUCCUCCUCCUCCUCUUCCUCUUCUUCCUCUUCUUCCUCUGCUACUAGUAGUAAUACUACCUCUGCAGCAGGAGUACGAGCCAUCGCAACACACAGUCUGCUCUUCACAUGGGGCGCAUGCAUCGCUCUCCCAGUUUGCUACGCGAUUCUUGUUCGGCUGGUUUGGGCUGGAGGUUGGGACGGAGAGGUCGAUGUGGAAGGGCCGGAAGGAGUGACUAGCGUGUUGGGGAUGAUGUUCCGGUCGAGGGAGGGUGAAGUCCUACUGCAGCAUGUUGUGGAGGGGUUGGGAGAUUUGUGGAAGUUGUGGAUGGGGGUUGGGGGGUUGGGGGUUGUGAGUUCGUUGUUUGUGAGGUGA